AUGAGGACCAGGCUUUUACUCAUUCUGUGUUUGGUUGGAAGUGGCUUAGCGAACAAACCUCCUGAUGUCAAUUGUACGGUGAUUAAUCUGAAAUAUGUCCAAUGUUUGUGGAACCGGGAAGGACUCAACUACACUUUCUCCAGCAGAUUUCAUGAUGAGUCCUUUCGUGAAUGUGACUCUUAUGUCCUCGAGAAUGGACUGACCGUCGGGUGCAAACAGCCUGGAGACGGGUUAAUGACAAAAAGAUUCAAAACAUUUUACACGCAGCUCGCUCAAGAAAACCAGCAAUAUCCGGUUCAAGAACAUAAACUCAAAGAUAAAGUCAAAUUGGAUCCACCCUCCAACGUCACCGUCCAGUUAAGGUCUGACGGCAACUUGUGGUUCGAGUGGGAAAAGAUCAAUGAUUGUUUCGAGAGCGAAGUCCGCUUCAGAGUCAACAACAACAACUGGCAGGAGUCCUCGGUGAGUACUGGGCAUCAGGAGCACUGCAUUAACCUCCCGUCAAAAUCAUCCCGUUACGAGCUGCAAGUGCGAAGCCGCGUGAGCAACAGCUGCGGUUGCUCUAAGGAGUGGAGCGAGUGGAGCCAGCCGGCCGUCUGGGGAACAACGCACAACAAGACAGACCCAGUGCGGCGGCAGGACUCACAGACUGUGAGUGUGUGGCAGGUGCUCAUGGGCUGCGUGGGAGUCCUCACCGUGUUCGUGGUGCUGUUUUUCUUGGCCUUUCAAGAGAGAAUCAGAAUCAUCUUUGUUCCAGACGUUCCCAAGCCGUCUCUGGUGCCUCGUGACUUGGAGGAGUGGUUGAACAGCUCCAAAGGCCUGAAGGAGGUUUUUAAGACCAACUACAUGGAGCGCACCUGUUCUGUGAGGGAGUAUUGUCCCGUAUCUGACAGUGAAAGCUCAGACUCCUCCAUCGUUUCUGUCAGCACGGAUCAAACCGACUUCUACAACUCUGUCCAGCCCUCGAGCCCCAGUACCCCAGAGUUUGCCCCAAAUGAGCAGGGCAUCUCUGUUUAG